GGCGGAGGCCUCUCGCGGACGGAUCGGUGGGACCAUCUGUGGACCAGUCGCACCAACCAUGCAGGCCGCUCUGCUCGCGCUGCUGCUGUUGGCGGCCCUGGGCUUCGACGCAGUGCGCGGCCAGCGGGCCUGUCAGAUGCACGAGCGGUGCAUGGCGGUGACGCGCUGCCCGCCGCUGGCGCGCAUCGUGGCCAAGGGCCCCCGCAUCACGGCCGAGGAGAAGGCCCACCUCAGGGCGGCGCUCUGCGGCUGGGGCGGCCAGGGCGCCCCGCAGGUGUGCUGCCCCCUGCUGCCGGUCGACGAGUGCGGCGCACUCACCUACCCGGACAGGAUCAUCGGCGGCAACAUGACCGUCGUCAUGGAGUUCCCCUGGGCGGCGCGGCUGGGGUACCGCGCGCGCGGCGAGGUGAGCUUCCGCUGCGGGGGCGCCCUCAUCAGCGACCGCUACGUGGUGACCGCGGCGCACUGCACCGAGGGCCGCCAGAAGCCGGUGGUGGUCCGCCUGGGCGAGCACGACGCCGAGUCCGAGGUCGACUGCUCGACGGUCUCCGGGCGCAAGGUGUGCGCCGGCCCCGCGGUGGACGUGGACGUGGAGGAGGUCAUCGAGCACCCCGAGUACGAGAAGAACGCCAAGAAGCCCACGGGGCUCUGGAACGACAUCGCCCUGAUCCGCCUCAAGCGGCCGGUGGACUUCUCGGACUCCGUCAAGCCCAUCUGCCUGCCGUUCGCGUUCCCCACCGGACCAGACGACGCCCCCGUGCCCGGCGACGCCUCGCAGACCGUGGUCGGCUGGGGCCGCAUCUCGCAGGACGAGUUCGGCGAGUCGAGCCGCUACCUGCUCAAGCUGCGCCUGCGCGAGAUGGACCACGACCUGUGCCAGGAGAAGUACAAGACGUACCCGAACCGCGUGGACAGCCAGCGGCAGGUGUGUGCGAUCGGGCGCAACGGCCAGGACGUGUGCCACGGCGACAGCGGCGGCCCGCUCUCUUCCGUGGUGUCGCAGGGCGGCAGGAUCCACGCCGUGCUCAAGGGGGUGGUGUCCUUCGGCCCCAACGUGUGCGCCACCAACGGCGUGCCCGGCGUCUUCUCGCGCGUCACCCACUACCUGCCCUGGAUCGUGUCCAAGAUUCGAUGCCUCUUCAGUUCGGCCCGAAGCACUCAGCGAUUCGCAAUGAGGGGGCUGCGAGUUUUCCUGUUCCUCGUCCUGGCCCACGCGGCGGCCGCCCAGUGGAUGCGUCCCGUCAACGUGGCGGGCGAGCGGCAGUGCCCCCUCGGCCGGAUGUGCCUGCCCCUCCAGGACUGCGCGCCGCUGUCGGGGCUGGCGCAGCGCGGCAAGCAGCCCACCCGCGAGGACGUGCUGCAGCUGCAGCAGGCGCACUGCGGCUUCGCCGGCGUGCACCCCAUGGUGUGCUGUCCCAGCGGGCCGAGCGCGGCCGGCGGCUCGCCACCCUCUGCGUCCGGCAGCCCCGCGGCGCUGGCCACCGCCAACCUGCGGCUGCUGCCCCUCGACGAGUGCGGGCCCGUGAGCGCCGACAGGAUCAUCGGCGGCAAGGAGGCGCAGGUCAUGGAGCUGCCCUGGAUGGCGCGCCUGGGCUACCGCCGGGAUGACUACUCCAACGUGUUCGACUACAACUGCGGCGGGAGCCUCAUCAGCGACCGCUACGUGCUCACGGCCGCGCACUGCAUCAACGAGAACACCGGCCUCAUCCCGGUGUCGGUGCGCCUGGGCGAGCAGGACGCCUCCUCGGAGAUCGACUGCUCCUUCGUGUCCGGCGAGCAGGUCUGCGCGCCGCCGCCCGUGGACGUGGUCAUCGAGCGCAUCAUCAAGCACAAGAACUACGGCGAGAACCGCUUCCAGAACGACAUCGCGCUGCUGCGCCUGGCCAGGGCCGUCGAGUUCACCGACUUCGUGAAGCCCAUUUGCCUGCCGGUGGACGCCAAGGACCAGAAGAAGGACCUGACCGGAAAGAAGGUGAUGGUGGCCGGCUGGGGUCGCGUGGCCAACAGGAACGGAGCGGGCGGCAGCAAGGUGCUCAUGAAGGUGAGCGUGCCCGUGUCCAAGGCCCAGGACUGCGCCAACGCGUACGUGCCGCUGCAGCUGGUCAUCUCGAGCGAGAAGCAGAUGUGCGCCGGCGACACGGGCAAGGACUCGUGCCAGGGCGACAGCGGCGGCCCUCUGACCACGGCCGGCCAGGUGAAGGGGACGCCGCGCGUGGUGCAGCAAGGCAUCGUGUCCUUCGGGCCGUCGCACUGCGCCACGGAGGGCACCCCCGGCGUCUACACCAAGGUCGCGCACUACGUGCCCUGGAUCGUGCAGAACAUCGAGCCCUGAAGACAACGCCCCCCUUCGGCCCCUUCCUUCGCCCGGAGCCUGGAACCGCCUACUUCGCCAGGAGUCCUCCCUUCAAAAGACUGAUUAUCAAUAUGGUUGUGUGACUAUCGAUUAAUUUUGACAAUUAAAGAUUACUUUAAUUUUUUGUAAGAGAAA